CGUGCAAUCGACCCAUCAUCACUUCUCUUCCCAAUUCCCAUCCUUUUGCGCCCGACAUACAAACUUUCGCAAUUUCAGUCACUUUUCAACAGACCGCCACUGCAGCCCAUUUGCAACCCGACGAACCCAGCAACCACCAGCGCCACCCGAUUUCGGCACUCAAUACCAAGUACUUGGAAUCAGUUUCGUCAUUCAAGAUGGCAGCGCAACUCGAAGCAGAGCGCAAGGAGUACGAGACCCAACUCGAACUGGUCGACGCCUCGCUCCAGGAUGACCCCGAAAACGAAGAACUCCUCGCCCUCAGGAACGAACUCGUCAACUGCAUCCAACUCCUCAAAGACUCGCUCGCCGAACUCAAAGGUGCUUCCGCCGCCGCCUCCGCUGCUCAGAAACAAGAACCGCUCGCUAUCGGCCUUUCCUCCUCAACAUCACGAAAUGCCUCCGUCCAAGAUGCAGAAGAACCACCAAAAUGGUCGCGCGAGAACCACCCCGCCUUCAAGAAGCCGUCCGCCGCCACUCCUCAACCAGAGAAGGAGGAAGCGCCAGCGCCAGCGCCAGUAGUAAACUACCAAGUCAACGACACCGUCAUGGCCCGCUGGCUCUCGGGCGACAAGGGGUUCUACCCCGCCAAGAUCGUUUCUGUGACUGGUUCUUCGACCGCGCCCAUCUACACCGUCAAGUUUAAGAGCUACGACACCGUCGAGACUUUGAGAGCGAAGGAUAUCAAGCCUAUGGCCUCCGCUUCCUCCUCCUCCACCUCCACCUCCACCCCCGGCGGCGCCGCCGCCUCUUCCUCAUCCACCGGCGCAAGCGGAGCAGGCUUCAAACGCAAAGCCGACUCCGACAUGUACCCCAUCCCCUCCUCCAUCCCGGCCUCCUCCGCCGCAGGAGCGGCUGCUAUAACCAGGAACUCGGACGGCAUCACCCUUUCCGCCGGGCCCGAAUUAUACCCCGGUGCGUUGGCGGCGGCGGCGGCGGCGGAAGAAGCAGCUGGAAAGGGGAAAAUGGGGGACUCCAAGUUUGAUAAGGAUGGGAAACCCAAGUUCAAGAAGAUCAAGGCCAAUAAGGAGCUGGAGAAGGGCAAGAAUAAGUGGCAGGAGUUUACGGCCAAGGGCAAGUUUGGGAAGGGCGCGGCGAAGAAGGAGAGUAUGUUUAGGACGCCCGAGGGGGUGAAUGGGAGGGUCGGUUUCACCGGUUCAGGCCAGGCCAUGCGCAAGGACCCUACGCGGUCUCGCCACAUUUACCAGCCCAACGAAGAUCUGGAUUGAUUGAGUUUGGCUAACUUGUUUCUUGUUUCUUGUCUUUGUUCGGGGAGAUAAUUCCGUUAGUCAUCGACAAUAUCUGUUUAUCGGCUGUACGACCGGAUCGUUGUUAUUCGAAACCGCUCCAUCACGACUCGCAUCUACGGACACAACGGAACCAUACUCGACCACGGGUCCG